UUCACAUACGCAUGAUCAUGGAUACUCGUUUCCCAAGGAACCCUAAUAAAUUGCAGAGUAAAAAGAAAAAUCGUUAAAGAAAAAGAAGAUCUCUGUUUCUCUUCCGUUUCCUUCGAUUUCCGUCGUCGGGAGAAGUCUUGGCGAACGAGAACUGAGGGUGGUCGCAAAGUGAAGAACUGGGCGGACGAGAAUCAAGUUAGGGUUCAAUGGCGGAUCCAAUGGUGGUUGAAACUACUAGCCACCUUCACGAUAACACUGCCAAGAAGUCCGUGAAGAGGAAGAGAGCUUCACCGGUGGAGCUAUUAACCACGGGAGAGAGACAAGCUCGAGUCAACACUUCACGCAAAGAGCUCGAGGGUUUGUUCAAUUACUACAAAGAGAUUUUAGAUGAGAAACUCAAUUUCGACUCGAUGCAGUGUGGUUCGAGCAAUUCCGCAAUUGCAUGCUUGCUUGAAGAGAGCAAUCUCUCGCUCUCGAAGUUGGUCGAUCAGAUUUACGAAAAAAUGAAGGCCAGAGAAGGCGAUUAUGACCCUGGGAAUGCUAUCACUGUUGCUUCUGUGAAGAGCUCCGUGCUUUUCAUUGGGCAGAGAUCUCUGUAUGGAGUUCCCAAUUCAGAUGCUGAUGUGUUGGAGGAUGAGACCGAGUCGUGCCUUUGGUGUUGGGAGACAAGAGACCUAAAGUUGAUGCCGAAAGCUGUACGCGGGACACUGAAAAAUCGGCGCAUUUUUCGGAAAAAGAUCCAUGACAGGAUUGCAGCUGUUAUUGGGAUGAUAACUGUGCUGGAGAAGUCAGGGAAUUACGAAAAUUAUGGACACGAGCUUACCAAAGCAUCGGAAAGGCUGGGUAAAGUUUUAAGCGAAGCAGAUAUCCGUUUGUUAGUCCAAAGCACAGAGCAGAAAAAUGCCGCCAAUAUGGCUGACAAGGACAUACAAACAAACCCGAAACAGCUAAUGAAGCAACUGCAGAGAAAUAAAAGAGAAGCUGAGAAGAACAAGAAAAGACUGGAGCGGGAACUUAAAAAAGAAAAGCAACAAAAUGAAAAGGAGCUAAAACGGUUACAAGAUGAGGCAGAGAAAGAGGAAAGGCGCCGUGAGAAAGAAGAAUCAGAACUGAAGAAACAAGUAAGAAGACAACAAGAGGAGGCAGAGAAAGACCAAAGACGCAAGGAGAAGGAGGAGGCUGAACAGAAAAAACAACUUUUGUUGCAAAAGCAAGCGUCACUCAUGGAACGGUUUCUUAGAAGAAGCAAGACUAAUUCAACUUCCCAGAAUGAUCAAUCUUCAAGCAAAACUGCAAUUUCUAAUUUUCCCUGUGACAACAGUGAAAAGAUUUUUGAAUCAGUUACUAUGUCAAUGGACUCUGUUCUUUCCUCAAAAGCUGACAUGAAUCUGGAUGAUAUGCGCAAAUCACACUUGAUUUCUUGGCGCCACUUGGGUCAUGCAAUUCGGUCAAAUAGGAAACAGCAUUGGGGCAUGCGUAAAAAGCCAAAGACAGAAAUAAUCAAGGAACUCAAGUUAAGUACAAGCCGGGGACUGGCCCGGGAUGGUGAAGAGAGCAUGGACAAGCUUGAUGGAUGGGGUGAAACAAAACUUGAUGUCAGAUCAUGCAAUACAGACGCAGACUGUUCUGCUUCUGGCAGUCAGGGGCACUGUAGGAGUAAGCAGUUGUUGCAGUUCGAUAAGAGCUAUAGACCAGCGUUUUAUGGCAUUUGUAAUAAGAAAAGCCAAAUCAUUGGAUCACGCCAUCCUUUUAAGAAGGAUCCUGACUUGGAUUAUGAUAUUGAUAGUGAUGAAGAAUGGGAAGAGGAGGAACCUGGGGAAAGCUUAUCUGAUUGUGAUAAAGAUGAUGAAGAGGAAAGGGCGGAAGGAUGUGGAAAAGCUGAUGAUGAAGACGACAGUGAAGAUAGUUUCUUGGUACCUGAUGGAUAUCUCUCAGAAAAUGAGGGAGUACAAGUUGAUAGAAAAGAAUCUGAUAGCUUUGAUUUGGAGGCCAAGAGUUCACCUUGUCAUAAGGAGGAGUUGGAGAGUGAGGAGAUGUAUGUUUGGCUUCGACAGCAGAAGUGUUUAUACAACUUAACUGAGCAAGCUCUUCGGAAGAACCAGCCCUUGAUUAUAUUGAAUCUAAUGCAUGAAAAAGCUUCAUUGUCAAGUACUGAAGAGCUCACUGGUACUGCAAAACUUGAACAAAUGUGUUUGCAAGCUCUAAGCAUUCAUUUGUUCCCUGGUGGCUCGUCUAAAGAGAUAUCAAUUGAUAAUAAUCUCCAAGAAGAGGAUGAAGUCACUUGUCCAUCAAGUAGCAAGGACUACACUCCAAUGGGUGCUACAGCAGCUAUAUUGGACUCAGAUUUACCUCAGAUUGUAUCUGUCCUUCAAUCAUGCUCACAGGGAAUUAAUAAGGUGGUAGAGUCUCUGCAACAGAAAUUCCCUUCUGUACCAAAGACGCAACUUAGAAAUAAAGUUAGAGAGAUAUCCAACUUUGUGGAUAACCGUUGGCAGGUCAAGAAGGACAUCCUGGACAAGCUUGGCUUAUCAAUUUCACCCGAGAAAGUCAGUGGGAGAAGCAAGAGCAUAGCCGCAUUCUUCUCGAAAAGGUGUCUGCCUCCUGCUGGCAAUGGUAAGGCCAUCAAGCCUUCCGAAGCGUCACCCCCGUCAUCCCAGAAACGUCCAGCACCUGUUCAAUUGCCACAGAUUCACCCGAAUGAUGGUCAGUAGGUCAUGUUCUGGUCAUGCUACUUCUUCACUUUUCCCCUUUCCUUUCCCUCCCCGAGGGCACAUACUUAAUGCCAUUUGUAAUUAUAUAUCCCCUCAUGUAAGCUUAGGUGUAGUCUAAUUUUGUUUUGAGAUAUAUAAUGAAUUUAUAUGACUUCUUGUGGAAGAUAUCCUUUAUGAGUGUUGUUUUGCGUCGGCAUCGGAUGCUCUUGACAAACAGGAGCUUGACGCCCAUGUUGCGAUAAAUCCACGUUGGGGCAUGGCAGGCGUACAAAGGCAAAUACUUUUGAUGUUGUUUUUCAAGUGUAUUGUUAUCGUGUUUUUCAAGUGUGUUGAUGCUUUUAUUCAUCUUCUUUAAUAUUUUUCUGGUUAUAAAUGGAAAGGUGAGGAGUUGGUUUGGU